AUGCUCGUUCUGCCUUCUAUUACCGUCAAGCUGCCCCAGUCGACGGUAGAAGCCCGCCACUGGCCGAUUCCAAAGCACGUGGAGCUGGCAGAUCCAACAUUCGCUGUUACUGGCGACAUCGACAUGAUUCUGGGUGCCGCCCAUUUCUUCCAAAUUCUUCGAUACGGCAGGAUAUCGCUCGGGGAAGAGUUACCGCUUCUGCAGAAUACAGAGUUCGGUUGGGUCGUCUCCGGAGAGUGUUUAUUUCAUUUCUUGAAGAACACCACCCGCAACUCCGAAGGCCGCUACGUCGUCAAGCUUCCCAAGCGUGACGAGCUGCUUUGGCAAUUAAAGGACAACAAAUACAACGCCACCCGCCGCUUCUUCUCUCUAGAACGCUCACUCGGUUCGAGUCCCGAUAAGAAGGCGAUGUAUCAGCAGUUCAUCCACGAGUACGUGAGAUUGGGACAUAUGCGGGAGAUUGGCCCCGAUGAAAUCGACGCGCAACCGCAAUACUACCUUCCACACCACGCUGUGAUGAAACUCGACAGCACCACUACAAAGCUUCGUACCGUAUUCGACGCAUCAUGCCGCUCGAACUCCGAAGUCGCUGAACGAUGUCCUGCUUCCUGGUCCCACAAUCUAGGACACUCUCGUGACGAUUGUCCUCCGUUUUCGAAUCCACCAGUUCGUGAUAUCUGCGGACAUUGA